UCUUUUACUAACAAAGUGUUUUGGUAGUCCUCAGCCUUUUCCUCCUUCACCUCUUGUUCGCUUUUCUUGGCUUGGACUCCCAUUUCCCACGCAGCAAAAGUCCUGGCAGUAAUAUCUCUUUUAUUUCCGAAUGCCUUGAAUCCACAACGACACAAAUGGGCUUUCAAGGAGUCAACACUCCUUGUAUUAAAUAUUAAAAGUCGACAUUCGCUUCCAAAUCAACACCACUCGAGAAUAAGGAAGCCAUUUUCUUGGUUUGUUAUCCCUCUCGACUUUUGACCUGUCAAUUGAAAGUCUCGCGAGAACGAGACCACUGAAUCCUCCAAAUGGUCCAUCCAAAGAAGACGAAGGAGUAAAAAGCAAAAUGGCGUUUGACAGAGAAGGCCUAAACGUGGCCACUGGCCAUUAUUGUUUCUCUAUUUGUAUGUAGUGCAUACAUGUACGCAUAUAUGUCGUGUAGUAGAUGAAACAUUGUUAGUCAUUGUUUGUAUCCGGAUACAUUAGUCCGAGCGCCCUUUAUCGCGUCUUGUGCUAGCUUAGCUUGCUAGUUAGCUUAGCUUGUUAGCUGCUAACAAAGAGACGCGGACAUUAUCAACACAUCGCUAAGUAGAGAUCAAAUGUGAGUGUAAAGUGUUGUGAUUGUGUGAAAAUGUGCGAAAGAACGAUAGCAAAGUAUGAGGAGGAACUUUGUCCAACAAAAGAGAAGAAGGAGCGACAACAUCAACUACUGGACGCUGUUUUCCAAAAACAUCGUGUUGUAUUACACAGAACAGACAUCCAGCAGCCCCCCCACAUUAAAGAGGAAGAAGAGGAUCCACAGCCCCCCCACAUGAAAGAGGAAGAGGAGGAAGUGUGGAUCACUCAGGAGGGAGAGUGUCUUCUAGGGCAGGAGGAGGAUGAUGUCACCAAGUUUCCACUGACUGUUGUCUCUGUGAAGACUGAAGAGCAUGAAGACAAACCACCUGAGUCCUCACAGCUUCAUCACAGUCCAAACAUCCAGCGGGUGUCAGCGGGGAGUCAUGAAGAGGAGUGGCACACCAGUGUGGGACAGAAGGAGCUACAGGCCCCCUCCCACAUUAAAGAGGAGCAGCUUCAUGAUGAAGAUGAAGCUCAGUCCUUACAGCUUCAUCACAGUCAAAGUGAGGAGAACAGAGGGGCGGAGCUUGUAAGUCAACACCUCACAGAAGCUGAUGGAGAGCGUUGUGAAGAUAUAAAGUCAGAACCAGACAGCAUCUUUGCUCCACUGUCAGACAUGGACCACAUGAUGUCAGACUCUUCUGAUCACAGUGACCACAUCCAAAAACCUUUGGAGAGUAAAAAUGACUCUAAAGACGUCCAGCGGGUGUCAGCGGGUAGUCAUGAAGAGAUUCCCUCCGGGCAGCGGGAGUGGCACACCAGUGUGGGACAGAAGGAGCUACAGGCCCCCUCCCACAUUAAAGAGGAGCAGCUUCAUGAUGAAGAUGAAGCUCAGUCCUUACAGCUUCAUCACAGUCAAAGUGAGGAGAACAGAGGGGCGGAGCUUGUAAGUCAACACAUCACAGAAGCUGAUGGAGAGCAUUGUGAAGAUAUAAAGUCAGAACCAGACAGCAUCUUUGCUCCACUGUCAGACAUGGACCACAUGAUGUCAGACUCUUCUGAUCACAGUGACCACAUCCAAAAACCUUUGGAGAGUAAAAAUGACUCUAAAGGUGAUACGAGACAUCACACUAACAACAAACACUUUGACUGCUCUGAAUGUGGGAAAUCAUUUAAACAGAAGAGUAAUUUUACAGCACACAUGAGAACACAUACUGGAGAGAAACCUUUUACUUGCUCUGUUUGUAAGAAGAGUUUCUCCAUAAAGCAACACAUGACCAGACACAUGAGAACACACACUGGAGAGAAACCUUUUACUUGCUCUGUUUGUAAGAAGAGUUUCUCCAUAAAGCAACACAUGACCACGCACAUGAGAACACACACUGGAGAGAAACCUUUUAGUUGCUCUGUUUGUGAGAAGAGUUUCUCCAGAAAGCUUGACAUGACCACACACAUGAGAACACAUACUGGAGAGAAACCUUUUAUUUGCUCUGUUUGUAAGAAGAGUUUCUCCAGAAAGCGUAACAUGACCACACAUCAAAUGAAAUCACACACUGGAGAAAAACCUUUUCCGUGCUCACUGUGUCCCAAAAGAUUCUCCAUAAAUCAGCAAAUGAAAAGACACAUGAGAACACACACUGGUGAGAAACCGUUUAGUUGCACUGUGUGUGUUAAAACAUUCAGGUUUAAGAAUCAGGUCAGUAAACACAAGUGUGUAAAAGUCAUGGAAGCUGCAGGGAUUUAAAAACACUUAAACAGUGAUUGUGCUAAAUGUAGUUUAAAAACACAGCAUGUUUAAUAUGAAUGUAUAUUUGAUGUUGUAUGUAGUGCUUCUCAUCUUCUAGUCUUAUAUGUUGUCCUGAAAUUACUUUUUAAGUUGUGUGCAUGUAUUGAAUAUUAUAUAUGUAGCUACUAUUUUAUUCUAUUUUCUCAAUGUUAAAGAGAGGACAUCUUAUUAUUUUCAUUUGGGUUUUUUUCCACACAUUGUUUCUAUUUUAUUUUGUUGAUGUUAUUAUCCAAUUAAAAGUAUGAAUGAAUGAAAUUGUUAACAAAAUGUGGACUCUGGUAGAUUGGCAGCAUUGUUACAUCAUGGAUGUUAAAUACUGCAAAACAACCGAAGAAGAAACAUGCUGAAGUUAGCAACACAUCACUGAACUUUAGAGCCAUCGUGAGUGGAGUUGCUUGUUUUUAUUGCUGCAUUUGUACUUAUUUCACCUCACAUCUUGACUUUUAAUCCUAAAGUCUUCUUCAAAUAUAUUGUUGUAGGCUUCUGAGAUUUAUGUUUCUGAUGUGUGUGUAGUCUGUGGAAAGGAUUGUUGUCCCUUGUGGAUCCAAUUGUUAACUUGCACAGAUACAUCAUCAUCAUCAUCAUCAGACGUCGCCCGUUCACUACUGGACAAAACCUUAGCAUUAAUGUUUUAAAAUAAGUGUGACCUCAUUAUUCCUUGAUAAUAGGACUAAAAAUACAGAUUUAAGCACUGUAUUAGAGUACCUCUUGUAGUACUCCAACUCGCCACACUGAGAAGUGGGGGCGAUCGUGAGCUAGCAGAUGCAUGUUGCUAUCAUGUUUUAUCAGCCAGGAA